AUGGCGACCGGACCAAGGAUUCUCUCAACUAAAGAGGCCGACAUUCAGAUGAUGUUGGCUGCCGAAGUUCACCUCGGCACCAAAAAUUGUGACUUCCAAAUGGAACGUUACGUCUUCAAGCGACGCAACGACGGAAUUUACAUCAUCAACCUUGGCAAAACAUGGGAAAAGCUUCAGAUGGCAGCCCGGGUAAUUGUAGCUAUCGAGAACCCUCAGGAUAUCAUUGUUCAGUCUGCAAGGCCAUAUGGUCAAAGGGCUGUCUUGAAGUUUGCCCAGUACACUGGGGCUCAUGCAAUUGCUGGACGCCAUACUCCCGGAACAUUCACUAACCAGCUUCAAACCUCGUUCAGUGAGCCACGUCUUUUGAUUCUUACUGAUCCAAGGACCGAUCACCAGCCAAUUAAAGAAGCAGCACUUGGGAACAUCCCCACCAUUGCUUUUUGUGAUACUGAUUCCCCUAUGCGCUAUGUUGAUAUUGGUAUCCCUGCCAAUAACAAGGGGAAGCACAGCAUUGGUUGUCUGUUUUGGCUCUUAGCAAGGAUGGUUCUUCAAAUGCGUGGCGUCAUUGCUCCAGGACACAAGUGGGAUAUCAUGGUUGAUCUGUUUUUCUACAGAGAGCCCGAGGACGCCAAGGAACAAGAAGAGGAGGAAGUACCCGCUCUCCCAGAUUAUGGUGAUUAUACAGCUGGCGCACUUGGUGGCAUGGAUUGGUCUAGUGGUCAGAUUCCAGAAGCUCAAUUUGCUCCUGACAUGGCAAGUGCCAUGCCACCAGUUGCCGGUGGUUGGACUGCUGCUGAUGCUGGAGUAACUGCUGAUGGAUGGGACUCGGCUGCCCCGCCACCAAUGGCAGCACCUGGAGUUGAUAUAAUGCCUCCAGCUCCUGCUGCUCCGACUGGCUGGGAAUUGUAA